AUGAGGGCCCGCGUGGACGCGACGCACUCCAUCAUCACCAGUCGUCAGCGUGUGGAGGCCACGAUGACGGCGGAGAUCUCCACCAUGCGGCUCGACAUCGGGGACAUCCAGGAGGCCUUGAAGAACCACGACUCCUGGAUGGAGGACGUCUCCAACACGCUGCAGCAGAUGCAGGAGAAGGAGGAGAACCUCACCGAGGACAUCAUCAACCUGAAGAACGAGACGAACACCAAGCUCGACACCAAGGUGGACAACGUGGCCUGGAAGGAGGCCAACGACGACCUGGACGCCGCGGUGAAGACCGUCCGAGACAUGGUCUCGUCGCUGAGGCUGGACGUCGACGCGCGGCGCCGCAAGGUCGACGAGAUCCUGGCGACCAUCAGGCAUGACAUCACAUCGGUUGAGACGAACCUGGAGGAGUCCAAGGCCAAGAUCACGAGCGACACGGACUCCGCGGUGAACGCCCUCAACGGCCGGAUCGACUUCACCAACAAAGACCUCGCGGCCACCCAGGAGAGCCUGCACACCACGCAGAACUCCCUCAGCGACUGCUUCAACGAGGUUGCCGUGGUGCGGAGCGACCUCGAGCGCAACGUGGCGGACACCGAGGCGAGGCUCAAAAACGACGUCCGGCAGAAGCAGCAGGAGGCGUUCGAGAAGAUCUCGUCCGUCGAGCAGCAGGCCGAGGUGCGCAGCGCGGAGGCGUCGCGCCGCCUGGGCGCGCUGGACCUGCGCAUGAGCGGCGUGCAGGGCGGCCUGGGCGAGCACAAGCGCGACCUCCUGAAGCUCCGGGAGGAAGCGAACGGGCUCACGGUGAAGAGCGCCUCCCACGAGGUGGACAUCCAGAAGAACAGCGACGCCGUGCGGAAGAUGGAGAAGCAGCGCAACAUGGACGAGCAGAACUGGAAGGCCCAGAUGGACGCGGUGCACGACGUGCUGGACACGAAGGUGAACGAGAAACCAUUCGAGGAUUUGAAGCACUGCACUGCGUCUUUGACCAAGGGCGUGGUGAAGUUCGCCCAGGUCGUUGGCGUGUUCCCCGGUCCGAAAUUCGACGACGCUGAAGGCGCCGACGGGGGCGAGGCGGACGUGGAACUGCUCGGCUGGGAGGAGUGUGCGGAGAACAUGUCGUUCCGAGUGGACAAGGCCUGGCGGCAGCGCUGCUCGCAGCGUUUCCGCAACGUCCUCGACAUGGUCGCCAAGAAGGCGGACCAUAGCGUGCUGCGCCUGCUACAGAUCUCCCAGCAGCACAUCGAGUCCCAGCUGGAGAGAGUUAAGCACGAGCGCGAGCUGUGGAAGGAGGUGGUCGAGCGCCGCCAGCAGCAGCCGAUGCAGCUGGCGCUCGGCGCCAAGGACCCCAUGCAGCAGUCCGGCGGGAGCCCCUUGCGCGCGAGCCCGCAGAGCGCCCGCGCCCUGAGGGGCUGA